AGACAAAGGGAAAAGAGAUAAUCAUCCUCAUCAUUGCGAUCAGAGCACACGACAGGGAAUCAUUAAAAGGCGCUCCUGUUUUAUGAUUAUUAUUAUUAAUAUUAAUUUGUCACUGUUGACUUCCCUGAGGACCACCUUGCGCCCCCCCCUUCCCCCUCUGUCUCGCAUACUUUUAAUAUUAGGCUACUACACUGAACAAUAAUUUGAUUUUGACAAGGAAGCCAUCAAAUGCCAAGUCUGAGGCGGUGCCCUGUAAAGAGUGCAAGGUGUGCUGAAGGAAAAGAACAUCUAACAGACGGAAAAUAACUUAAUGAGAACGGGCACUGACUGAAGGAGCAUGAACGACUCGUCGCGCCAUUACUUCAGCAUGAAACACAUGGACUACAUAUAUAAUAUUGACAAUAACAUAACUUUGAACGCCACGCUCGGCGAAAUGAAUGCUACUGGGAUCGCCCAAAUCAUGAUCCCUCAGGAGUUGUUUCUAAUGCUCGGCUUGAUCAGUUUGGUGGAAAACAUCUUGGUAGUGGCGGCCAUCGUCAAGAACAGGAAUCUCCAUUCGCCAAUGUAUUAUUUCAUCUGCUGUCUGGCGGUGUCAGACAUGCUGGUGAGCGUCAGUAAUGUAGUAGAGACACUCUUCAUGUUAUUGACGGAGCAUGGACUUCUGCUUGUCACGGCAAAGAUGUUACAGCACUUAGACAAUGUGAUCGACAUUAUGAUAUGCAGUUCCGUCGUUUCCUCUUUGUCGUUCCUGUGCACUAUUGCAGCGGACCGCUAUAUCACCAUCUUUUACGCGCUUCGGUACCAUAGCAUCAUGACCACACAACGCGCCGUGGCCAUCGUCGUGGUGGUGUGGCUCACCAGCAUGACCUCGAGCUCUUUAUUUAUCGUUUAUCACACUGACAACGCGGUCAUCGCCUGUCUCGUCACGUUUUUUGGCUUGACGUUGGUGUUCACGGCGGUUCUGUACCUGCACAUGUUCAUCCUGGCGCACGUCCACUCCAGACGCAUCAUGGCUCUCCAUAAGAGUCGCCGGCAAGCCACUAGCAUGAAGGGAGCCAUCACUCUAACUAUCCUGCUCGGGGUUUUCGUCAUCUGCUGGGGUCCUUUUUUUCUCCACCUCAUCCUCAUCCUCAUCUGUCCCACAAAUCCUUACUGCAAGUGUUAUUUCAGUCAUUUCAACCUGUUUCUAAUUCUUAUCAUAUGCAACUCGCUUAUAGACCCUCUCAUUUACGCGUAUCGAAGUCAGGAGCUGCGCAAGACGCUAAAAGAAAUGAUUUUUUGCUCGUGGCUCUUUGCAAUGUGAGUAAUUCCUUCUAGAAUAAGUAAUUACUUCAGGAGCAUCUGCGUUGAUGUUUAUGUUAUUGUCCAAUAUUAUUCAGUCGCAUUCUUAGCAAAUAGCGAAAAUAACCAUUGACUCUCU